UAUUUCUGCAAGAUUUUGUCACCUGCUAGUAUUAGUAUUGAUUUCACGUAUGAUCUAAGAAUGUUUUUAGAUUUGUUGUAGGACUCCAACUGGAAUGUGUUCAUCCAAUCUCAAAAAAUUAACCCAAAUGGAAACACCUAAUGAUUUUUACUACACCGAAAAAUCGUACAUAACUACUUUUGUGGUUCAGUCAUGACUACAGAAAGGAAAACAGAGGUAUGGUUCCAAGCCUUCAACUGAGUUCUAUGAGCCAUAGUUUUUCAGUCGACGACAACAUGGACACCCUGAAAUUUAGAAGCAUUAUAUUGCUACUACAUGCUGCAGAUUUUUUAGUAGAUCUUUUUUCUAAUUUGAGAAACUAGUUUGCAAAUCAACAUAAUCUGGGUGUCCAUUAGAUUCAGUCAGUACAGUAAGUGGCAGCGAUUAAUUCAUCUGUGCAUCUUAGGGUUUCCGACUUGCCCAAAAAUCUUAGAAAAGGAUAAUAGAACAUUUGUUUCCCAUAAAAAAAAUAAAAGGUAGCAUUAUGCAUAGAAAAUUUUUCUUGUAGUAUUGAAGAGUCACUGUCGAUGUUGUAACUAAAAUAUUUAACUGUUAAGCUAUUCAUACCUUGGCAGCAGGUGAGCCUGGAGCGGUGAAAAGCACAUCGCAGACUGCUCCGAGAGGGGCAAUUGUCAAUGAUACUCCCUUGUACGCCAUCAUCUGAUCCAUCCUUCCCAGCACGGCCAUUGCUAGGAAUGCACCUGCACGUUAUCAUUAUUUGAGGAAAAAUAUGUCAGAGAGGAAACCAAGCCCUCGCUGAAUUCACUUGGCGAAAAAGCACGGAGAUUCAGAGACCCAGCCAACGAAGGCCGACGAAGAAGACAAGUUUCAAGUUUCAGACUCACCGGCGGAGGGCCAAAGAACAUCGCUGACGCUGAUGCCGCCAGGCGACGACGACGACGACGCCGGCGUGACACCGGCGGCGGCGCUCACUUCCGCGACAACGACGCCGCUCAGGUCCCUCCUCCUCCUCCUCCUACUUAAGCCGAUCCUCUGAGAAGAAAGGAAGCUGCUACCCUGCUUCUUGCUGCCAUUGACAUGCAGGAGGACGGGUAGACAUGGCAUAUUGGAGUGGGACGCCGCUGCUAGACAUUGCUGCACCCUUGCUCGUGCCAAGACGUUGCUGCAGCCAAUGCCGAGCAUCCCCGGUCGUUGCUGCAAUGCCAUUCUCUCUCUCUCUCUCUCUCCCCUUCUCUCUCCCCAAGAAGCACAGUAUGGGUAUUUAAAUGGGCAGGAUAAAGCGGCGAAGAGGAGAUAGGGUCAAGAGAGAGAGAGAGAGAGAUGGAUGGCCUCUUGGGUGGACGUGAGGGGAAGAGAAGGCGGCUUAGCUCUUCAGCGCCGUGGAGAGUCGCAGAUGUUGAUGCCUGGAAUAAGAACAAGUAUAUAGUAAACAAAUACUACUGUACUGACAAGUGCAUAUGCUUCCCAUGUUUUCUUCCGUUUUUGAUCCAGGUCAUAUGCUGGUUGGAUCACAGGGGAGAGGCAUGGAUCCGUUGCUGCUCCUUGGCAGCUUCUUGCUCAUCGCUAUCUGGCCACAGCAGAUGGUACCAGUUGCUUUCACAUGCUGUUCAUGUGGUCAGUGGUGACAGGUUACACGGGCGGCAUGAAUCCAAGCGAAAUCUGAUUAUAUUUUGGUGUGAAGAUCAUCAUUGGCCGCAAUGCUGGCAAGUGCUAGAGAUGGUCUAUUUACCACAGGUUCUGACAACAUCCCCAACCGGUAAGAAAGAAAAGAAUCUGAGCAUUUUAUAGCCUUAUUAACUUGGCUAGUUAAAUUUCAAUAUUUGAUAUUGAUUGUUCUUGUCUCCUCACAAAUUAUGGGUUUGUAUAUUCCUUGUACUGCACGAGUAUCUGCUCCUUCCAUCUUAAAUUUUGCAUAUGUUAAUCACAAGCACCAAAGAAGCCCCCAAGAAGGCCCUCCGUUCGUUGACGCUGCUGGUCGUCUGGGAGAGAUUUGGAAUGAAAGAAACCGUAGAACCUUCCAGCAAAAGGAGCUCUUGUCGAAUAGCUUGCUGACGAAAAUCAAAGAGGAGGCCAGAGCAUGGAUCUUAGCAGGAGCAAAACAUCUGGGAAAUUGGCUUAUAACUUAGUUUGUUAGGACCAAAGCUUUGGUCCUGUUUUUUCUUUUAUACUGUGCAGUUUACUCCUUCCUUGUUUAGCGGCUCGCCGAUUCGUUAAAAAAAUUGCAUAUGUUUGCAUUGGAUCAGUUCCAAACUUA